AAGAUAAUAAUAAUACGAAAGCACAUCACCCUACCUAUGCAGAAAAGACGGCUAAUCCAACCGUUACCAAAACAAACCACCAAUAUCCUAUCAAGAAUAACCUAAGCAAGGAAUCGGAGCAUACCUCGCAGAGUGUGGUUUCUGAGGCCGGACAGUCGUCUGAUGAUUUUAUUGGAGUACAGGGUAAACGUGGUAAGACUAAGAAAUUGUUCGUAACGGGAAUCGCCGAAACUGUAAACGAAAGUCAAAUCCUUUCUUACCUCAAUCAAAGAAAUAUUUCCCCCACUUAUAUCUCGGUUUUUCGAAGCCGCCGUCGAGAGACUCUUUCGUGUAAACUCCAUAUACCCUCAGGCGCCAGUGCACUGGUGGAGAAGUAAAACUUCUGGCCCACGUUUGUUACUUGCAAACCAUGGCGACCAAAAGAUCAUGACAUGAACACAACUCAGAAGAAAACAAACCCGACCCAGAAUGGGAGCUACUCAACCCUUGUACAAUGGCGGAGACACCCUUGCAAAACAUUUCUACAGUACACGGUAUGGGAAGGUCUAGAAAACAGCAUUUCGGCCGACUCAAACCAAUGCGUACUCGAAAUCUCAGUAACCUUGUUAAAAUUCCUAUUACCAAAACUCAUUCUCCAAGAACUGAAUUCGUUCCAAAAAUUAUGCUAACUAAUGUCAUGUCUCUAGUUCCUAAGCUUGACGAGCUACGUAUUUUGACCUCUGCACAAAGUUUUGAUUUGGGUUUUAUAACUGAAACUUGGCUGCGAGAGUCCGUUUGUGACACCCAUGCGACUUUAUUUGAUUACCACCUCGUGAGGCGGGAUCGUAGUCUUG